UAGGCCUAUGACGUUCUCAUAAUGAGGGACAGUCCCCGAGAUGCAGUGCUGCCCGAACUCCAUGAACUUGCAACUUGCCUGUUCAAUUUCUUGGCUGUUCUACCAGUUUUAAAUACAAGAAUCCUAAACUGAUCUUUUCAUAGUUGGACAGCAGAUCUAUAUCUCUGACUGGCUAGCUAUGGGUCAGGUUCUGUCAGAACCAGUUACAACUAAAGACACUGAGAGCUACCAGAAUGAUCUGUUCAGUGUGGGCUGCUCCAGUAUGCAAGGCUGGAGACCACAAAUGGAGGACGCUAGCUGUAUUCAGCUGUCUUUCAAUGACGACCCAGACUCAGCAUACUUUGCCGUAUUUGAUGGCCAUGGGUCUCAGAGAUUUUCCAUGCACUGCAGUCAGGAGCUGCAUAAGCAGCUGGUGGCUGACAGCAGUUACGCUACUGGAAACUAUGAACAGGCACUGAUAAACAGUUUCUUGUUCCUUGAUCACAAGCUACACACAGACACCAGUUUAAACUAUCAACACGAGCCUGGUGGGACAACAGCUGUCGCUGUGCUCAUCAAGGAAAGCACCAUAUUUUGUGCAAACGCUGGUGAUUCACGUGCCAUUGCCUGUGUCCACGGGAAUAUACAGGAGCUUUCACAUGACCACAAACCGCUAAACCCAGAUGAGGAGAUGCGAAUACGUAAUGCUGGAGGCUGGAUAGAAUGCAACAGGGUCAAUGGUAAUCUGGCCCUGUCCAGAGCUAUUGGCGAUUUCACCUUCAAAGAGAACAAAGCUCUCCCUCCCGAGCAACAAAUUAUAACUGCGUUUCCUGAUGUUGAAGUGUUCCCACUGUUAGAAGAUUGUGAAUUCAUUGUGGUAGCUUGUGAUGGAAUUUGGGAUGUUAUGUCUAACAUAGAAGUGGUAGAAUUUGUGCGGAGGAGGAUUGCUAAUAACAUGAGUCCAUCAUUGAUAUGUGAGGCACUGCUCGACCAGUGUUUGGCUCCUGAUCGUAGAAUGGGGGGCCUCGGCUGUGACAACAUGACUGCCAUCCUCGUCUGCUGUUUGAACUCUGAACCCUACUCCAACUUGGUGGCAAAAUGCUCCAGGGUCACCACAAAAACCACAGCUCAAAUAAAGGCUCAUCAUUCAUGGGCACACAGACGGAACAAUAAACUGAUACCAGAGAGCGAUGCCAAUGACCACAGUGAGGAAAUGCUAACAUACGGAGUCUCUCCAAGAUCAAAGCUAAACGAUACUGUCAGUGGCGCUAAUACAGACCUGGACUCAGAGAUGGCCAGCUCAAAAGAAAGGAGUAUUGAUUUUACUGAAUUAUUUGUUACUGGGGUGACUUGUAUCGAUGAUAGUGGGGCUAGAACGAGACGUCAAUCAGCUAGUAGCAGUGAGGAGGAAGAGGUGUUUUGGGACGAGGAAACACUUUCUAUUGAGUUGGACACCAGUGCAACUCCUAUAGAGACAAUGGUCUAAUACUUAUACUCUCAAUCUGUUUCUAUUCUUUUUGUAUAAUUAUAUAUCUUCAUAUAAUUAUAGCUAGACUACAGUUCAUACAACACAUGCAUGAGAUGUGCAUAUUCUUAACUCAAUCUUCA